AUGAAUUUUGGGGCUACCAAGAGAAUGUAAAAUUCAACUCAUCUCAGUCUACUCAUGUACUGGGCAAAGCAACGGUGAAGCUGAUAUGGGAUGGUAGACCUCGUUCAAGGCUUGGUAAUGCCAGGACUGAAAAGUACCCAGAGCCUCCUUAGAAGAGUAUAAAAUAUUGACCAGAGGGAAAGAUUUGAAAAGAAAGGAAGAAUCUAUGAGAUUCCUAAAAAAGAGGAAAAAGAAGGAAAUAGAGUCAGAUUAGAAGUGAAGUCAGAUUAGGGAAGAUAAUGAAUAUAAAGAGAGAUUUGGAAGUUAGAAGAUUUGAGAGUCAUCACAUGUAGAGUUCUAGAAGAAAUCUAGCAUCUAACUCUCCUCCCUAGCUUCCAGAUGCUGCAGAGUCAUGGAAAACCAAUCCAGCAUCUCUGAGUUUUUCCUCCAAGGAAUAUCCAAGUUACCAGAGCAAAAGCAGUUCCUCUUUGGAAUUUUCCUGUGUAUGUAUCUUGUCACUUUAACUGGGAACAUGCUCAUCUUCCUGGCCAUCAGAUCAGACCCACACCCCCACACCUCCACGUACUUCUUUCUGACCAACCUGUCUUUUGUUGACAUAGGUUUAACAUCUUCCACAGUUACCAAGAUGCUGGUAAAUGUACAGACUCAACAUCACACCAUUUCCUAUGCUGGUUGCCUCAUACAAAUGUAUUUGAUGUUUGGCGAUCUGGAGAGCUUCUUCCUGGCUGUAAUGGUGUAUGACCAUUAUGUGGCCAUUUGCCGCCCUCUCCACUACUCGACAGUCAUGAGCCCCCAAGUCUGUGCCCUGCUGCUUGCAUUGUGCUGGGUCCUCACCCACACUGUUGCCCUGACUCACGUUGCCCUCCUCAUAGCUUGGCUGUCCUUCUCUGUUGCUGGGGAAAUAGCUCACUUUUUCUGUGACAUAACUCCUAUCCUGAAGCUGUCAUGUUCCGACACUCACAUCAGCAUGUUGAUGGUUUUUGCCAUAGGAGGCACAGUACUCAUUGUCCCCUUUAUCUGCAUUGAAAUCUCCUACAUCCACAUUAUAUUGGCCUUCCUAAGGGUCCAAACUCCUGGUGCAGAAGGCAAGGCCUUUUCCACCUGUAGUUCCCAUCUCUGUGUCAUCUGUGUGUUCUAUGGGACGCUCUUCAGUGCCUACUUGUGCCCUGCCUCUGUUGCCUCUGAAGAGAAGGACAUGGCAGCAGCUGCAGUGUACACUGUGGUGACCCCCAUGUUGAGCCCCUUUAUCUAUAGACUGAGGAACAAGGACAUGAAGGGUGCCCUUAAGAGGCUCCUCAGUCACAGGAGAAUUUUAUCCUCUUAGAUGCAGUGAUGGUGGCUUUUCAUUAAAGCCACAAACUUGGCUUCAGUUUUGGGUCUGCCACAUACUAGCCAUAAGAUUGUA